AUGUCCAUCACUGCUACUGCUACUGCUACUGCUAAUGUUACUGCUGAUAGUGCUUCUAUGAUAGAUAAUGAAUGGAAUGCUAUUGAAGGCCUCUUGAGUUUAAAACGAUACAAUACAAGUGAUUCAUCUUUGUCAACAACAACAAAUCAAAGCCAUCUGCAAUUACCUGUCAUGAUAAUGGACAACAAUCAUACGAACAACAGUACUUCCUUGAGCCCCCCUACUCUUCCAAUGAUCAGAAGCAAUAGCAGUGCUAGUGCCUAUAGUGAACAACAGCAAUAUUGGUGUUAUCCUUACUCUACGUCUGCUUCAUUUCCUAGGACGCCAUAUCAACUUCCUUCUAUCAAUGAAUUUCUACUCAGUUCAUCAUUGGAGUCUCUCCAUCAUAUACAACUGCAACAACAGCAGCAACUACAAAAAGAACAGCAGCAAAAAGAAGAAGUAGAGCAGGUAUUUGCCUUCAAAAAAGAAGUUGCACACAAUCAUCACAAGUCAGCUACGAUUAACAUCAGUGUAAGUGGUGGCAACAUUAAAAAGGUCAAGAGCCACACUCGACGCAACAAAAAGGUGCGAAGGCCCAUGGCUGCCGCCUUGGGCUCAUCUCCCUCUUUCUCUUCUUCUUCUUCUUCUUCUUCUUCCUCUUCGUCAAUUACUACUACGACUACUACAGCUGAUACUGCGAUGAAUGGUAUCGACAUAGGAGGUGUUCAGCAUCAUCAUGCGUAUAACAGCAGUUCGUCGCCAACCUCUACUUCUUCUACCAACACCACUACCACCAACACUGCUACUAGCACAAGCCUUAAGCCAAGAUGGCAAGAUAACGAGCGUCAAAGCCUGAUUGAUGCCAUUAUUAAAGAAAAGAACCUAGAUGAUAUGUCAAGUAUCCCAUGGGAGAAGAUUUCCAAAUUGGUAGGAAGAGCUAAAAAGUCUUGCAAAGACCAGUGGAGACGAGAAAUGCUGCCAUAUUUAUUAAAUUUCUUUAUUAUACGGCAUCCAACAACAACAUCUGAUGAAGAAAUCGUCGUCGACACGAACAACAACAGCACCAAAAAGGGCUUAUGA